GAAAGAAGUGCGAUAAUUUUUGGAAGAGAGAGGCAUCUGAAUCAGACUUCAUAAUGCUGAAAAUCGGAAAAAAAAGGCAAAAGAACUUACUUACUCCCAUCAAUGUUGAAUACUUUCCGGACUACAUCACGACUGUUCGUUGUACAUAGAAGAACCAAAGAGCCGACAAUAGUUCGCAAGCACUUAUUUAAAUGAGCCGACUCAUUUACAACAAAUUACUGUUAGUACUCGAUAGGCCAGCAAUAUGUUGAGGCACGCGGCUAGCUCAGUGCUAGCACUACUGCUUUUCAGCAGUGGUUUGCAGUACGCGUUCGGUGAUUCGGUGACGCUCAAAAGGCAGCAUGUAGUGGACCGGCGCAGCGACGAAAUCCACCCUCCUUAUGUUGAGACUACUCAAGACAAACCACAAGUAGGAAAUACUGAAGAUUUUUCUAGUCUGAUCCAUCAGGUGAAUAUGUAGUCUGAUUUAGUCUUACUCACUUUCAUACUUCCCCACUCUCGUUUCUUGCAGUUUCGGAGCAUGCAAAGCGAUCUGAGGAGGAACACAAAGAGCUAACCAACUACGAUGAUGACGGCGAACUGUUGGAUGAUGGCUAUGGUUUCCGGUUUGUAAUGAACUGUGGGAGACAUCCAGGAAAAAUGCGCUAUUUCUGAUAGUUCUACUGCUGUAGUGAGAGUAUUGUCUUUACAGAGAGUUAGCAAAGGAGCCCUGGAGCAUAUCGUGACUCUACUUCAGAUCAUUUUCCUUCGAGUACUUUAUCAGCCCUACUCCUGCCAAAAAACAAAAACAAGACUCCUUUCUUCUAACCUCCCACAUCCGGUGGUUCCCUGUUGCAGCUAUCGCCUGGGAUCGUCACGAUACCACACUCCAACCAAGAUGAAAAAACCGGAACUACACAGAUGAGCAGGACAAGUGGUGGAGGAGGUAUUACUAUUACUUCAAAUCUAGUGAAAUACUUUUAGCGUGGUGAAAUACUUGAUGAAGAUGAUAAUGCAGCUACUUCUACACUCAAGGGCACAACGCUCACAACCAUUCACCUAAGCACCAGUUAAGAGGCCACAAAUUUUCGCAUUUCUGUCUACCUUAACUUUGCUGAGCGCUGUGAGAGCAUUUUCUGCCUUCUUCACUCUGUCUUUCACCUCUGGUGGAGGAGGUAUUACUUCACCUAGUGGUGACAUACUUGUAUCACAUCUUCUUUGUCUUAAAUCUUACGCUUAUCUCUCCAACAAAUUUUCCUCCAGAUGAUUUGGCUGCGGCUCUCGCAGACCCCGAGCCUAUCAGUCUGUGAUCAAAGUAAAGGGGAUGCGGAUAUGAUACGAACGCAGGAGCACUGAGACUGACUUGCUGGAAAAUGUACACUGAUAUUGAAGGAGCGCACAACUACAACUGAUGUACCUACUACAAAUGAACCUACAACUUUUUCUGACGAAUUUGUGUUGUCGAAAUGACUGUUAUAGAAGAAGUCCUUUUAAUGCAUUGCGGUUUCACUAUUGUGAAUGAGUACUAAACUUCGAAUAAACCCGCCUAAUGAACACUUCGCCGAGAAAGAAUCCGCAUAGUCUAUGCCAAAUACCUUUCAUCACGACCACUCUCGCUACAAAUUGUACACUAGUAUUCAAGAAGGAACGACUAGGGAAUCGAUCUAUGUCCGUGUGGUCACAAUGGUGUUCUCCUGAAUGAAACGCGAC